GCUCGGAGAGGAGUCCGGUCCGGUCUCUCUGCUCUUUAUACAAGCGCGUUAGAAUCCAACAGAACCAAGCUUUCCGUGUCCUUUACGGAUGCUCAACACGUCUGUGGAGGUUUUGCUGAACAGUAACUCGUUUGGUUGUAAAAAAGGACGUCCGUUUCCGCGCUUCCUCGAAGCUAUCAUGCUGAACACGGAGGAAAGCUCCUGGUUAGCGGGGCCCCUGCUGCCCACCCUGCUGCCCGGCUCCACCCCUCAGUCUCCGGGGCCUCUGUGGUGCUCCGAUGCCCCUCACCCACAGCUGAAGAUCCCGGGUGGGCGAGGGACGGUCAGGGAUCACUCUCUCAGUGUGCUACUACACAAGGACGAUCAGUUAACCGUGACGCAGGCCGCUCCGUCGAGUGGGAGCCCGUCUUUUCUCCGCUUCCACUACCAGCUGAGCGAGCGCCGCUCCGUCUUCUGGGACACGGCGCUGACGGCCGACAGCCUCUUCCUGGAGAUCCCCGGAGGACUGCUGGCCGAGGGGAGCAAGGAGGGGCUGACUGCUCUGCUGGAGUUUGCAGAAGAGAAGCUCAAAGUUAACUAUGUCUUCCUGUGGUUCCAGAAAAACAGAGAGGAUCGAUUCUCCAUCAUCAGGACCUUCCACUACAUGGGCUUUGAGAUGGUGAAGCCGGGGAACCCUCUGGUACCGGCCCGGCCCGAUCUGGCCUUCAUGGUUUACUCUCUGGAUACCAGCAGCUCAGAUGAGGAGUGACUGACACCUCCCUCUCCCACCCCCUCCUCCUCCUCCUCCUCCUCCUCCUCCUCACCAGACUCUGAAGGUGUCGCCUCUCCUCCUCAUAGACUCUCUUCAUUGUAUUUUUUUUUUUUAGCUCACUUUUUUGUUUGAGCUGCAACAAACAGGACAAAGACAGCAGCCGCACAUCCAGGAGAAGGCGUUUGUACAUUAUUUCUGCAGCAUAUCUCCACCUCUUCUUUUUUUUUUUUUUUCCCCCUUCCUCUCUCCAUAAGAAGACUGCGGGCGUGCCGGUCCGGCCUCAGAACCGAGCCGCCGUCGCUUUUUCAACAUGCUCCUCCGGCAUAGACCUAGCGUUAGAGGUGUCAUUCCAGUCUGUCUUCUGUUUUGCUCUUCGCCCCACACACACCCCGACAGCGAGGAGACGACGAGCUCCACUCCGUGAGCCUGUGCAGGCGAAGGGGAGGCUGCUGCCUCAGCUUCCACGCGUCAGAAGCAGCGGGCGGGGGCUCUGGCCAAGCCUUCAACGGUGGAUAAAACCUGGCUUCUUGUGCCUAAAAUGAAGAGAAGAGUGCAAUUUAAUCUUUUCGUUUUGUUUAAUUUUCCUCUUACGUACUGGAGAGUCUUAUUGGACGAAUGUUUUCAUCAGAUUCAGGUGAUUUUAUGCAAAGCAGAGCUGAUUUCUUUUGUUGAAGUUACGCCAAAGAAUCCACUUCCAGCUCGUCUCAGUCUUCUGGUGUGUAAAAGCAAUAUUAGCCUACAUUCCCCGUGCCGGCCGUACUUACUGUUCCACCUCUGAGGUUUUCUUCUUCUGCUGCUGCUGCUGCUGCUGCAGUCUGAUGGAGCGCUGACUAUAAGCUGUUAGGAAAUGUCAUUAUAUGAAGUUUUUCAGAGGUCUAUUUUUGCUGUACAUAUAUUUCUCUAUUGUUUAUUGUGAUAGUUAAAAAAAAAAAACAACAAAAACAAGAAAAAAAUGGGGUGGGUGGUGUUUUUUGAUUGCGUUAGCAACAUUUCAGUGACAAUCCAUAACAUGUAUAUUCAUCACAUUUUGUUGUUUAUGUCUCUGGGAAUGAGGAAAUCAAUAAAGGUUGCUGACUAA